AUGCUCCUCGCCCCUUCGCGUGCGAAAGCGUCCUCUCCCCGCGCGCCCAUUCGACGCAUCCGUCGAUCGAACCUCACGCGCACCGCGCGAGAGCGAGUCGGCGAGCGAACGAAGACGCGCUCGUUCGACGUGGCGCUCUUCGAUUUUACAAACUCUCUCGAUGCCGCGAUCGGCGCCGACGUGUUAGAGGCGGGCGCGGUGACGCCGGUGACGUACGCGGCGGUCCUCACGGCGGGGGUCGUGACAUCGCUGUCGCCGUGCACGCUGAGCGUGCUGCCGCUGACGAUCGGGUACAUUGGCGGAUACGGCGGCGGCGGCGCCGAGGAGGACCAAGACGCGAAGACGACUCGGACGCGAAACAUGGGUCUUGCGUUCUCGUUUGGAUUAGCGAGCACGCUGGCGGGGUUGGGGAUCGUCGCGGCGACGUUUGGGGCGGCGUACGGACAGGGUUUGGGGGAUGGAUUGCCGACGGCGGCCGCGGCGCUGGCGGUCGCGAUGGGAUUGAAUUUAUUGGGCGUCUUGGAGUUUACUUUUCCAUCCUUCGGGGCAAACUUCGAUCCGAAGAGCGUGAGCGUUCCCGCGGUGGCGCAAGCGUACAUCGCUGGUGCGGUGUUUGCGCUCGCCGCGUCGCCGUGCGCGACACCGAUUUUGGCGACGUUGUUAGCGUACGCGGCGUCGAGCGGCGACCCAGUCUCUGGUGGCGCGCUGUUGCUGACGUACACGUCGGGAUACGUCUCGCCGCUUCUGUUCGCGGCGACGGCGACAGAUGGAUUGAAAUCCGUGAUGUCGCUCAGGGAGAAGAGCGCGUGGGUGAAUCCGACGAGCGGGUUUUUGCUCAUAGCGGGUGGAACGUACGCGUUUCUCUCUCGAGUGGUUCCGCACGCCACGGGUUUGGCGUGA